AUGGAAGAGAUUGUAGGAAUGGAACUUGAUGAAUUACCUGAACAAGAAGCCCUUCACGCAAAGAUUAAACGACUCCCGGCAUAUCUCAAGGCCGAGCUCGACGACAUGUACUAUGAAUUUCAACAUCAGCUCCACAUUCUUGCAAUCAAAAAUCAAAUACACGCGGCAUUUUUUUAUACAUAUCUUGGCCAGAUUAAUCAAAUGCGUGGACCAACUAGUUACAACAACUUCUGCCGUUUUGAUCCGAAGGCAAGGGCAAUUUUUGCUCAAAAGAGUAUUCCCCUUAAACAGAGAUGCAAAGACGUCGGACAAGUGUGGUAUACGAUUGACAGCGAGACUAAAGCCAAGUACAAAGAUCCCAGCUACAUCAAGAGUAUACGGGGUGAUACGCCAGUUGUAGUUGUCAAUGGUACAAUCAAAAACGCACGAAGGGGCGUAGUUAAAACCCAAGCGCUGAAUCUGGGAUCUAACAAGAAAGAUAUUGCAUUUGUUUGGAGGUGGGCCAAAGAUACAAUCGACCAAUUAAAUGAAAUUUCUGCCUGCCACAAAGUCCAAGGCAUCUUAGUUCUUGCUUUGGGUCGCUCGUCUGGGGAUCUUUUCAUUCAAGGUGGUACUCAGCUAGGACACAAUUUCCUCCAAAUUCUAAUUGAUGGUGGUGAUCCAUUGAGAAAAUUUCAUACGUAUGCAGCUGGGAUGGCUGUCCAAGAAGAAAUUUUAAAUGGAGCUUUAACUAGCUCAAAAGGUUUUGCUACAGAAGAGAUUGAUCAAAAUCAACCUAUAUCUCAAGACAACAAAGGUGGUGAACACUUGGGGGGUGCAGGUUCCCUUAAGAAAAACAAAAAGGAAAUCAGUAGUUGCAUGUUGGACCUCCUAAAUGCUGCCGGUGGGAAACACUUUCAUGCAUGGCCAGGAAAAAAUGCAGCUAGCAAAUUACGAGAAGCCAACAUACAGAUGAAGGUCAAGAGAAAUCCAAGCCACUUUCACGCCAGAGAGGUCUGCCAACCGGUCAACCAACUAUUAUUAAUCCCCUCACGAAGGAUCCUGCAGGCACUUACCAAAGAAUGGAUUUCACUUAAAUACAAAGGUGACGAUGCUGAACUGAGCAACCUUGAUGAAAGUCCAGACAAAGACUUGAAAUCCGAACCUAAUGUCAAUGUAAAUUCUAAUACAGAGGGGAUGAAUGGAGAUGGUGAUUUGUCUGUUUGA